UUUCCAUUUUAAUAUUUCAAUGAAACAAAAAAUAAAUCUAAUUUCACGUAUUAAAACAAUAACAACAAAUCUAGUUUUAUUUUUAAUUGACACAACAAUAUCUAAUGAAGUGUUAUCUCUCUAAUUUCUCCAAUUUUGUAUUUUUAUUAUCGUUGCAGAAUGUUUCAAUCGCCUGAAUAUAGUAGCACAUUGUCGCUGAAGUUAUCAGAGGUAUUAGAGGAUGUUGGUGUCAAUGAAAAAAUGGUGAUGAAAAGAAGACGAGUUUUCAUGCUGAGAGAUAAUAUUCAAACUGUGACAUGGAGGUCAUUAUGUGAUAACAGCACUACAUAUUAUUUUGGGAGUCAAUCUGAAGGCACAACUACUGAAGGACUUCAUUCAGAUGUUGACGUACUACCUGUAAUUUAUAAUAUUAAUGUAAUACAGGACUUGUCAGAAUGGAAACAGAAUAAAAGAAACCUUCUCAUGACACAGGAUGAGAAUGUUACACCUGGAUAUUGUUUCCUACAACUAGUACGAUCUGAUGAGCCUCUCUUUGAGACAAUUGUUCCUAAUGAAGAGUAUAUCAGAGACAAUAAAGGGAGGAUAUUACUGAAAAAUACAAUAUUGAAUGGUUUACGUGAAGACGCUGAGAGACACGGCCCCUCUAAUGCUUUGCCCGAAAAAGUAGGAUACAGUUCCACUGACAUAGUUUUUGGUUUUCCUUGUAAUUCAUUGCCACAAUCAGCUUUACAUUCACUAGACAGACAAAGCAUUGGGAGAUUGCCAACAUCUGAAAUGAUCAGAUAUGCUGUAAGUAAUGGUUGUUUUGUUGUUGGUACUAGCAGUAAAAUUAGUACUUACCCGGAACUAGAAUGGAGAAUAUCGACAUCAUUAGGAGAAAGAUGCUUUAUGUUUAAUCUAAACAUAACACAAUUACAUUGUUAUGUUUUGCUGAAAAUUAUUUUGAAAUCUUUUCUGACACCUGAAAGAGAAAGUGCUUUGUCUAGUUUUAUGUGUAAAACUGUAGUAUUACAUUGUAUACAAAACACGGACCGAUUCAUUUGGAAAAAUAACAAUAUUUUCACAUGCUUUACAUAUUGCUUGCUUGUACUACAAAGCUAUAUUCAAAAUGAAAAUUGCCCGCAUUUUAUAAUUCCGGAAAACAACCUUAUGGCCGGGCAAUUUACUACAGAAGAGAAGCAUGGCAUUUUACGAAAGAUAAGUGACAUAAUACAGAGUGAUGGUAGAUGUUUGCUUCGAAUAAGUAUUGAUGAUAUUGGUAAUCGACUACAGGUCAAAUUUCAUACUGAUCGUGUGGUACCUCAUGGUAUGCUGACUCCUUGUCUCAUUAAUGAAAAUAUUACGAGUUUGUUAUUUAUGAACUUAGCGCAAACUAUUAGCAGUUGUAAUUUAAGGAUUUUAUAUUUCUUGCAAGAAAAACAACUCAAUCUCAAACAAUGUAUCCUUAAGCUAGCAAAAUAUUGUGUACAUGGAUCGAGACUAGAACAGCUUGCAAGCCGUUGUUUGGUACCAUUUCUUUUUUCCACCACUGGAUCUUUAAUGGUAUCAUCAAAUAUUCGACAUGAUUAUGCAGUCCAAUAUCAAGCACUUAAGUGGCUCUCACUGGGUUUAAGCUCGGAUGUGACAUCUGGCAGACUUAAACUAGCGUCAGUUUUGUAUUGUAUAGGUGAUAUGGAUAGAGCAGAGUUCAUUCUGAAACAAACAGAAAAUCGAUACAACUGUGAUAUUGUUGAACCUUUAUGUGCUUGCUGGAGAUAUCCAUGGUUUGAUUGGUCGGCAGAAUUUAAGAGAAUAUGUCGCGAACAAAACGAAUAUUGCAUCAAUCGUAUCACAUCAUUUUGUGUCAGAUUUAUGCAAUCGGAGGUAAACUUAUACCUCGAGAGUUACAAUAUGAACUGAAGAAAUCUACACAAGAUGACAUGCAACACAGAAGAAAAUUUGAUAAAAUUUGGAUGGAUUUUGCAGUGGUUGAUUCUCUCCUCUACUUUUUACAAUACAAGAUAUACGGCCAUCUACAAAGACAACAGGAUCAAAAACGAGCACUUUGUAACCUUGUAAAUACUGCCUUGUGUGGUAAAAACCUAGGUCACAGGGAGACAGCUCUAAACCUUGUAGGUCAAUGUAUAGAACAGGGGAACAAACUAAUGGAAGCGUUACGGUGUUAUAAACUUUCGCUUCAGCUACGAGGAAGGAACAACGCCGCAAAGUUUCACAUUUGUAAUUUACUUAGUAAAUAUGCUUCUCAAAUAUAGAGUUUUAAAAACGUACAGUGUGAAAUGAUUGGAUUGUAACAGUAAAAACAUGUUGAAUUCUACAGUUAUUUAAGAUAAUAUCUUCCGUUAAGACUAUCUUGAUGGUCAUCAUUUUUUAUUACCCCUCACUUUUUUCGUAAUGCUAAUUUCCCAUAGGCCUCUGGGUGUUAUUUUUACUGUUAAUGCAAGUGUACCACGUGACUAAGAAUUUUGUACUGUUACAUAGGUAACAGUAUUUUUUAAAAGUAUAAUAUCUGGUCAUGUGGUCUAUUUUCUAAAUAAAAUGAAAUAAAAUGGCCGCCAUUUUUUUCUCUAUUCAUUCUUAUUUUCGACGUUAAACCCCGAUAGAACAUCAAUUUCUUCUCUAGAGUACCUAUGACACUCAUAAAAUUUAGUUGUUUGCACCAUAGGGUGCUUUUCGCGUAUAAAAUAUCUUUUUGUUGAAUAGUCAAAAAGUGAACAUCCGUUUUCAACGGAAGUCAUGGCAAUGUAAAUAAUUAUGUGUCAAACUGGAACAUGCAGACGAUUUAAGCAAGCAUGAAACAAAGGAUUAUGUAAAAAUUUUAAUCAGUGAAACGUUACAGAUAUAGUGGACAGACAAAGGAUAUCAUCGUUCUUUUGUUAAAAAUCAUGCUAAGAAUUUUCUGGAAACAGAAGGAUCGGAUUUCACCGGCCCGGAUUUCACAGAUCAUAACUUUAUAAAUGGGUUAGUGUUUUGUUUCUAAAUAAAACCUAGCUUAUUGUAUGUUUAUGAUUUGUAGAUAUCAUCACUUGCUUAAAGAAUAAAGAAAAAGAAAACUUCUCAAGUAGGCCUAAAGUACACUUAAAACUUAAAAGGUAAGGACAGUUAAGUUAUUGUUUGUCUUGGUUUAUUUUUGUUACAGUUAGAUUUAGUUGACAAUUUCAGAUCAUCGCAGUAUUUUUGUUCGGGGUAAUAAAAUAAAUAACACAUGGGUUUGUGAGUGAGCUACGCCUCGGGUAACAGUAUUUUCCUCGGGAUGAUAUUUUUACUGUUACCCACAAACCCAUGUGUUAUUUAUAUAAUAUUCAACUUAUUUUCCACCGUCCUAUAUGAAAAGUUUUGACUGUCUUAAGGUUUCGGUGAAUUAGCAUCACUAUUUGAAUAUGUUUUUAAAAGUGUUUUAUAUAAAGUUAUGUAAAUUAAA